AUGGGUGUUGGUCGACAAAUUCGUCUAGUUCUAUGGAAAAAUUUUACAAUUCGACGAAGACGAUGGCCUCGUGUUAUCUUCGAAUUAAUCUGGCCACUUUUCUUAUUUCUUAUUCUCAUGUGGGUACGAACACGAAAUCUAGUCUUUUAUUAUGAUGCUUGUCAUAAUGAUGCAAAAUAUCUUGGAUCAACAGGUUUCCUUCCCGCUUUCCAAACUUAUAUAUGUCGUUGGAAUAAUACCUGUCAUAAUUAUCCAAAUCCAAAUAAUGAAUUUAAUGCAUUAUAUAAUGAUACAAGGAUAAUCGAUAUGUUUUCAAAUUUUACUGAUAGUCUUUCAACUGUAUUAAAUGACGAUCAAAUCAUUAGCAAUAUAACGACACUAUUAGAUCAAGCAGAUUCAAUUAAUAGUUAUUUAAAUAUAUGGAAUGGUACGAUUUUAACAAAUAAAACAUCGAACGAUUUUAAUCAAUCAAUUCCACAAACAACAAUAAAUAUUCUAUUUUCAAAUCCUGUUAAUUUGACAAAUCUUCAUCAAUCAUGGUUAAUGAAUCGAACGGAUUCAUUAUCAAAUGUAAAUGUUGCUCUUGAAAUCUAUUUCGCAUCGUUACAAACAAAUUAUUCUUGCGUUUAUCGUUCAGAAACGAAUAUUAAACAAUCAUUUUGUACAGAUGGACAAUUUAAUCAAACAUUUUUAAUAACAAAUCAAGCACAAUCAACUGAAUCAAAAGAUUUUUUAUGCAAGAAUUUAUCAGCAAUUGAUUUAAAAAACUUUCUAAUUAGUGUGCAACAACAACUUGAUAAUACGUUUUUGGUUGUCAUGGGACCAAAUAUAAUCGGUGUUUCAUUUAGUGGUUUACAAAUUAUGCUAACAGCACAAAAUAUUCUUUCUCGAUUAGAAAUUCUUAAUGUUAGCUUUCCAUUUCAAGAGAUCAAUAGUAGCCUUAGUUUAACAACUUUCUGUGGUGGACGCAAUGAUCUUUCUACUGAUUUUGAUCCAAGUUCAUCUCAAAAUAGUCAAUCAAGUAACACAUCACAAUCAUCAUCAUCAUCAUCGUCAUCAACUACAGAAGGAGAGGAAGUUCUUGAUAUCGAUUGGAAUGAUUUAGCAGCCAGUAUAUUACAUUAUAAUGAUUCUGCUAUAUGUCAACAAUCAUACUCAGCCGGUUCUGGUAAUAUUCAACAAACAAUUCUUGUUAAUCGUACAUGUCGUUGUGUGAUAUUUGAUCAAGUAUUUAAUUCCUAUGAUUUAUUAAAACAGUUUGCUAGACUUGUACGUCCAUUACUUUACGGAAAAAUCUAUUAUCAUCCGUCGAAUAUUCAUUAUGAUAAUAUAAUUAAACAACUCAAUCAAACAUUUGAAUCAUUAGAUGAAUUAAUAAAAUUAUUUCGUCAAGUUCAAACAAUGAUUCAACCCACAUAUAAAAUAUAUUCAACAUUAUGUCGUUUCUUAUCAAAUUCAUCAACAAUAUGUCAACAAAUCAAAUCAUAUGAAAUUCCAAUAUCAUUAUUUACAAUUUUAACUGAAUUUAUGGCAUGUUCAGAUAGAGAUCGUUUUAUUAAAAAAGAUAGUGAAGCAGAUAUGAUACGUGAUGGACAAAAUAAUUCCGUAACAAAUACAUUUUUAGCUGCAAUUGAAUUUCUUGAUGAUAUAUCAAAUAAUGAUACAUUACCAAAACAUAUGAAAUAUAAAAUACGUAUGAUAUUAGAUUAUGUUGAUAAUACAUAUCGAACAGAAGAUCGAUAUUUUUCAUAUGCACCACGAUAUUCAGCACCAUUAUCAACGAAAUAUCAUUCAUUUACAUUUAUUUAUUUACAGAAUGCUCUUGAUCGUGCUAUUAUUAAUACACAAACAGGUUUAAAUAUAUCAUAUGGAAUACAAACUCAACAAAUGCCGUAUCCAUGUUGGAUUAAUGAUAGAUUCGUUAAUUCAAUUCGACAAAUGUUACCAUUAUUUAUGGUAUUAAGUUGGAUAUUUACUGUAUCAAUGAAUGUAAAAGAUAUUGUUUAUGAAAAAGAAAAACGAUUAAAAGAAAUAAUGAGAAUUAUGGGUUUAAAUGAUUCUGUUCAUUGGUUUACAUGGUUUGUGCUAUGUACUGUUGUUAUGUUGAUAACAGCUAUACUACUUGUUCUUAUUUUAAAAUAUGGCAAAAUAACACAAUUUUCCAAUAUAUUAGUAUUAUUUGUUUUCUUUGUUUGUUAUACAUUUGCAACAAUCAAUCAAUGUUUUCUUCUAAGCGUUUUUUUCAAACGCGCUAAUUUAGCCGCAUGUGGUGCUGGAAUACUUUAUUUUCUUCUCUACUUACCGUAUACAGUAUUAAUCAAUUAUGAUAGUUCAACACGCACAUGGCAUAAAGUUAUUUCUUGUCUAUCGUCCACGGUUGCAUUUGGACUUGGUUGUGAUUAUAUUGCACGAUUUGAAGGUAUGACACAAGGUAUUCAAUGGUACAAUAUAAAUAAAGGUGCAAAACCAAACGAUAAUUUUACAUUCCUUUAUUGUAUAAUAAUGAUGCUUGUUGAUUCCGUUAUUUAUAUGGUACUAACUAUUUACAUUGAAAAUGUUUUUCCUGGUGAAUAUGGAAUACCUCAACGAUGGUAUUAUCCAUUUACAAAAACUUAUUGGUUUGGUUAUAAUGCUAAAAAGAUUCGUGAACGUGCAGAAAAUUUGAAGCAAACUGAUAGAAAUCCUAAUAUUGAAAAUGAUGAUACUCUUGAUCAAGCUCAAGUUGGUAUUGAAAUACAAAAUUUAACAAAAUAUUAUCGAAAUAAACUUGCGUUAAAAAAUUUAUCCGUAAAAUUUUAUCGAAAUAUGAUCACAGCAUUUCUGGGAAGAAAUGGUGCUGGUAAAAGUACAACUUGGUCGAUAUUAACUGGUUUAACACCACCCACAAGUGGUACAGCAUAUAUUGAUGGUUAUGAUAUAUUAACAGAUAUAAAAGUUGUACGAAAACGAUUAGGAUUUGCACCACAACAUAAUAUUUUAUUUGAUCGUUUAACCGUCAAAGAACAUUUACAAUUUUUUUCAGCAUUGAAAGAUGCACCUAAAGAGGUUAUUGAAGAGGAAACAAAUAAAAUGCUUGCUGAUUUACAAUUAGAAAAAAAAUCCGAAAAUUAUUCAACUGAAUUAUCCGGAGGAAUGAAAAGAAAACUUUCAAUUGCUAUUGCAUUUGUGGGCAAUUCAACAACAGUUAUUUUAGAUGAACCAACAGCUGGUGUCGAUCCAUUCGCUCGACGAGCUAUAUGGGAUCUUAUACUUAAAUAUAAAAAAGAUCGAACAAUUGUAUUAUCAACUCAUCAUCUUGAUGAAGCAGAUUUAUUAAGUGAUCGUUUAGCAAUAAUUUCAUCGGGGGAAUUACAAUGUUUUGGUACCACAAUGUAUUUAAAACGUAAAUAUGGUGAAGGUUAUAAUUUAAUUGUUGAAUUAACAUCACCAUCAAAUGAAAAUGAACUUAGACAAGAACCCACAGAUAAUAUUCUCGAUCCAGCAAGUAUCGAAUUGAAUACAAUUGAUUCAGCUACAAAUGUAUCAACACAAUUUACUCAAUUAACAGAUUUUCUUAAAACUUAUAUGUCUGAUAUACGUAUAAAAGAACAACAUGGCGAUCAAAUAACAUAUGUUAUAUUAGAUGAUUCUGCUCAUACAAAACUUUUUCCUAAAAUGCUUGCUGAUCUUGACGAAAAUAUAACUAAAUUCAAUAUUAAAAGUUAUGGUUUAUCAAAUAGUAGUCUUGAACAAGUUUUUCUUCGUGUAGCCGAUGAAGUUAAACGAUUAGAAGAUUAUGAACGUUUGUCAUAUUGGAAGAAAUAUCAAAUUUUAAUUAAAGGAUGGUUUACAAAGAAUAAACAAAUCGAAGAAGCAAAAGUUGAAACCAUCGAAGAAGAAAAUACGGAUGCUGAAGAACCAUUCAAUACAUCUUUAAGCGCUGAAUGGGGUUCAUAUACAGCUGAACGUUAUACUGGUAUACAAUACUUAGCUUUUCAAGUAAUGGGAUUACUUAUAAAACGUUUUCAUCGAACAAAACGUAAUAUCAAAGGAUUAAUUGCUGAAAUUCUUCUUCCAAUUAUCUUCGUUUUACUUGCGAUGUUAGUUAUAACAUUAACACCAAGUCAAAGUGAUCCACCACCACUUAUACUUCAUCCAUGGUAUUGGAAUAAUCCAAAUUAUAUGUUUCAAUCAAUUUCUAUUAAUAAAUCUUCAGUAUUAUCGAAAUCUAUCCAACAAACAUUUACGAAAUCACCAUCGUUAGGUACGCGUUGUAUGCCAACAACAAUGCUUGACCCAAAUUUAUAUCCAUGUACUUCAACUGGUUCUAAUUAUGUCUAUGUACCAACAAGUCCGGAAAUAAUGGCUGAAUUAAAUAGUGUCAAUUAUAAUCAAACACGCAUAUCACCCGCAUGUGAUUGUUAUGAAAAAAUGCAACAAUGUCCAGCAAGUGGAGGUGGUCCACCGCCAAGUUAUGAUGUAUUACAAACAAAAGAUGAUUUAUAUCGUUUAAAUGAUUACAAUAUAAGUGAUUGGAUAGUAAAAACAGAAUAUCAAGAUCAAUAUUUAAUGAAACGUUUUGGUGGUAUAGAAUUUAUGUCCGGAAAUAAUUUAUCUAGUUUUACUCUGGUUAAUAAAACACUUAUUGAACAAUUUAAUAAUUUAACUCGUCAAAGAAAUCAAUCAAUACCAACGGUUGAUGCAGCUAAACUUGCCGAUCUCUUUGAAAUACAUCCACCACAAGCUUCGGUUUGGUAUAAUAAUAAAGGAUGGCCAGCAAGUGUAGCAUUUUUAAAUAUAUUCAAUAAUGCAUUAUUACGUGGUAUACUUCUUCAGAAAAAUGCUACGAUAUCACUUGAUGAUUAUGGUAUAACAUCAAUAAAUCAUCCAUUACCAAAAACUGAAAUUCAACUUGAUAGUGAAUUACAAAAUCGUAUCGCAAUGGAAAUGUUUACAGCCAUAUGUGUUAUAUUUGCAUUAGCAUUUAUUCCUGCAAGUUUUCUUGUUUUUCUUAUUGAUGAACGUGUCACAACGUCUAAACAUUUACAAUUUGUUAGUGGUGUUCAUGGUGUAACUUAUUGGUGGGCGAAUUUUCUUUGGGAUUUAACAAAUUAUUGUGUAUCAAUUGCAUGUUGUUUAAUUAUAUUUCUUGCUUUUCAUGUUGAUGCUUAUGUUUAUAAAACAAAUUUUCUUUGUCUUUUAUUAUUAUUAUUUUUAUAUGGUUUUGCAAUUAUACCAUUAAUGUAUCCAAUUAAUUAUUUCUUUAAAACUCCAUCAACCGGUUUUGUCGUUAUGUCAUGUAUUAAUAUAUUUAUUGGUUUAAUGACAACAAUAGCAACAAUAACAUUAGAAAGUUUUGAUGAUGAAGAAGAUUUAGUAAAGAUUAAUAAAAUUUUAACAAAAAUAUUUUUAAUAUUUCCACAUUAUUGUCUUGGACGUGGCUUAUUUGAUAUGAGUAAAAUCUAUGAAACAAAUGCACUCAGUCUUAAAUAUAUUCCGAAUUAUUCUCCAGUUUCACCAUUUGCAUUUGAUGUUGUUGGACGAAAUCUCUUAGCUUUAUUUAUUGAAGGUGUCGUCUUUUUUCUAUUUGCAAUUCUUGUUCAAUAUCGAUUCUUUAUACCUGAUCGUGGUUGUGUUAGUAUACCAGAAGAAUUAAGAUCUACAGUUGCUGAUGAUGAUGAUGAUGAUGUAGCUGCUGAACGUCAAAGAAUUUAUUCUGAUCGUAAUAAUAUAAGUGGAGAUAUUCUACGAAUGAUUGAUCUAAUUAAAGUUUAUGGAUGGAGAUUUGGAAAAAAUUUUACAGCUGUUAAACGAACAUGUGUUGGUGUUAAACAAGGUGAAUGUUUUGGUUUAUUAGGUGUUAAUGGUUCAGGCAAAACAACAACAUUUAAAAUGUUAACAGGAGAAGUUUCGAUGACAGAUGGAAAUGCAUCGAUUAAUAAUUUUAGUGUUAUUAAACAAUUAAAUAAAGUUCAUCAAAAUUUAGGUUAUUGUCCACAAUUUGAUGCAUUGGAUUCUUUAUUAACAGCAAGAGAACAUCUCUAUCUUUACGCACGUUUACGUGGAAUUAAAAAAAAGAAUAUUUCAUAUAUUGCCGAUUGUUUAUUAAAACGACUUGGUCUUACAUUAUGGGCUGAUCGACCUGUUAAACAAUAUUCCGGUGGUAAUAAACGUAAAUUAUCCACAGCUAUUUCACUUAUUGGUAAUCCAUCAAUUAUAUUUAUGGAUGAACCAACAACAGGAAUGGAUGUACGUGCAAAACGAUUUUUAUGGAAUUGUAUAUUAACAUUAACUCGUAAAGAUCAUAAAUCAGUUGUAAUAACAUCUCAUUCAAUGGAAGAAUGCGAAACAUUAUGCAAUCGUCUUGUGAUUAUGGUCAAUGGUAAAUUUAAAUGUCUCGGUAGUGUACAACAUUUAAAAGCAAAAUUUGGUGAUGGUUAUACUAUACUUAUUCGAACAACUAUUGAUAGUGAUAUUAAAACUGUUAUUAAUUAUAUAAAAGAACAUAUACCAGAAUCAACAGUUAAAGAAGAACAUAAUAAAAUGAUACAUUUUCGUGUAUCAACGAAUGUUCCAUUAUAUAAAAUGUUUAGUGUUUUAGAGAAAGCACGAGAAGAAUUAGUAAAUACUAUUGAAGAUUAUACAGUUACACAAGUAACAUUGGAUGAUGUAUUUGUUAAUUUUGCUAAGAUACAGGAAGAAAAUCAAAUAGAUGACAAGGAAGAUAAUUGUUUGAAACGAAAUUUUUUUAGUAAAUUAUUUCAUAGAAACAAGAAAAAUGUAUUUGAAUUAACGCACCUUUAG